CCUCGACGCUUUGCGAGUUUAGCGCGAUUAGACGACCUCGUGCAUCGGCAAGAGGCUUAAACGACUCCAGCCGUGCGGCGCUUGAAGCCAGAUUGAGAUCUCGCGGCCACAGCGGAUUUUGCUGUCAGGAGACAGCCUGCAGGACGCUCAGCGGCGCGCGCCGGCACGACGCGACGCGAGACCUCGUGCCGAGGACCACCGCACGUUGUAAAGCCAUGGCCUCGAAGCGCCCGAUCGGCCCCGCCGGCCCGCCCAAAGACGACACCAAACAAAACGCCGCGACGGCCGCCGGCGGCGCGCAGGGCGUGCCCGCGCCCGCGCAGCGGUCCGCGGCUUUUGAUGCCGUUUUACGGAUGCAGUUGGGCCAGGACUGUCGGACCAUCAACGACAAGAUCAACGACAGUAACCGGCCGACCUGGGACCAAUAUAAGAAGGAUAAUGAAGAUAGAUUAAAUUUAACUGGAGCGGACCAGAAGAAGAUGAUGGCGUACCGGGCGGAGUUGGAUGCGGAGCGCGCGCGGAAAUUGGCGCGCGCCUCGAAGACGCACGCGAGUUUGAGGGACGGCUCCGACGAUGAUGCGUCGGCGGACUCUGAUGAUAGGAAGAAGCGGAAGCGGAAACGCGAGAAGAAAAAACUCAAAAAAGAAGCGAAGAAGAAGGCGCGAAAGCUCCUCAAAAAGGAGAAGAAGAAGCGGAAGAAGCGCUCGGACUCCUCGAGCAGUAGUAGCGGGAGCUAAGUAGUGUGUGACAAC